AUGCUUUCCUCAAUCCAGCGCAUAGCCAUAAAGUCUAGGCAUGUCAGGCCUAUGACUUAUCAAGCGAUAAAGACUGUCAUUCCAGGUGGACAACUUAAUAAGUCGCGCUGCUUUUCUACUAGCAGAUUUAAUCUCGAUAAAAUUAAAGUUAAGAGUCCUGUUGUGGAAUUAGAUGGAGAUGAGAUGACCAGAAUAAUUUGGAGUAUAAUUAAGAAGAAGUUGAUUCUUCCGUACCUGGAUAUCGACUUAAAGUACUAUGACUUAAGCAUCAAGUCACGUGAUGCUACUAAGGAUCAGAUAACCACGGACGCAGCAAAGGCCAUUAAAAAAUACGGUGUUGGAAUAAAAUGUGCAACGAUAACACCAGACGAAGCUCGUGUGAAAGAGUUUGGCCUUCAAAAAAUGUGGAAAUCGCCCAAUGGAACAAUCAGAAAUAUUUUGGGUGGAACUGUUUUCAGGGAGCCAAUUGUGAUAGGCUCUGGACCGGAUAAAGCACCGGGUGAUAUUGAGAUCCCAAGAUUAGUUCCUGGCUGGACCAAACCUAUAGUUAUAGGUAGACAUGCCCAUGGUGACCAGUACAAGGCCACAGACUUUAUCGUUCCGGGAGCUGGAAAAGUGGAAAUUAAGUACACUCCAAAGGACGGAGGUGACGAAAAAACGUACGAGGUUUAUAAUUACGAGGGACCCGGGGUUGCUAUGGCAAUGUACAAUACGGAUGAAUCUAUUCGGGGAUUUGCACACGCUUGCUUUAAGAUGGCUUUGCAGAGAAAUAUUCCUAUGAUUCUAUCCACAAAGAAUACAAUUCUAAAGAAGUAUGAUGGACGCUUUAAGGAUAUUUUCCAGGAGAUCUUUGAUAAGGAGUACAAGACCGAGUUUGAGGCAAAGGGAUUAACUUAUCAGCAUCGGCUAAUAGAUGAUACAGUUGCACAGAUGAUGAAGUCACAGGGUGGCUUUUUGAUGGCUUUAAAGAACUAUGAUGGUGAUGUUCAGUCUGAUAUUGUGGCGCAGGGAUUCGGCUCACUUGGACUGAUGUCAUCCGUUCUUAUGACCCCUGAUGGCAAGGCUUUUGAAUCAGAGGCAGCUCAUGGAACAGUUACCAGACAUUAUAGACGUUAUCAGAAGGGUGAAGAGACUUCAACAAACUCUAUUGCAUCUAUCUUUGCAUGGACUCGGGGAUUGGCUCAGAGGGGUCUGCUGGACGGAAGCUCUAAUGUUGUUGAUUUUGCAAAUACGUUGGAGAAGUGUACUCUUGACACAGUUUCCAAAGAUCACAUAAUGACAAAGGACCUUGCACUUCUUGUUCAUCAAAAGAAUUAUGCUACCACAGAAGGAUUUUUGGAUGCUGUUGCUUCGAACCUAGCAAGAAAGGUGAAAGUUUGA